AUGGACUUCAACAGCUCGUCACCCUUGCCGGAGGGAGUCAUCUCCUUCCUCGACACCGACCUGUACAAGCUGACCAUGCAAUGUGCCGUUUAUCAAUUCUUCCGAAACGUGCCCGUGUCGUACGCCUUCACAAACCGAACGCCUGAAAAGAGACUCUCCAGAGCUGCCUUCCGGUGGCUGGACGAGCAGAUCCAGAAACUUGGCAACAUAUCUCUCUCCGUCGACGAAUUCAAGUUCCUGCAGACACACUGCCACUACCUCACGCCCGAGUACCUCGAGUACCUGAAGGAGUUUCGCCUUCGGCCACGAGAACAAGUCAAGGCGACAUUUACACCCAUCGGCCAUGACACGGGCGCCGACUCGGAUCUGGGCGACUUCCAUGUCGACAUUCGGGGGACUUGGUCCGGCACCAUUCUCUACGAGAUUCCCAUCCUGGCUCUCACGUCCGAGGCAUACUUUCGCUUCAUAGACACGGACUGGAACUACAAUGGACAGGAGGAGCAAGCCUUUGCAAAGGGAAUGAAGCUGUUGGAGGCCGGCUGCGUUACCUCGGAGUUUGGAACGCGGAGACGACGCGAUUACCACACCCAAGCUUUGGUGUUCAGGGGUCUCGUCAGGGCAUCCAAGGAAGCCGCCGCCAAGGGCUUCCCUGGGAAAUUGUCGGGCACCAGCAACGUCCACCUGGCCAUGCGCUUCGGCAUCCCCCCGGUGGGGACCGUGGCGCACGAGUGGUUCAUGGGUACGGCAGCCAUCAUCGACGACUACAAGACGGCCACCGAAGAGGCCUUGCGCCAUUGGGUGAGCUGUUUUGGCUCCAACCUGGCCAUCGCCCUGACGGAUACGUUUGGCACCCGAGAAUUCCUCCGCGCGUUCAGUCUACCAAUACGCCCCCUCAAGGGCAGCGUCACGGCGGAAACGUUUCAAAAACCGGAUGGGAGCAUGAUGACGUAUGCCGAGAUGUUUACCGGCGUCCGACAAGAUUCCGGGGACCCGGAAGAAUAUGCAAAGCUGAUGAAGGCAUACUAUGACAAGGAGGGUAUCAAGAGCAAGAAAGUCAUCGUCUUCUCCGACUCCCUCAACAUUGAGCGCUGUCUCGAAUACAAAAAGAUCUCGGACGAGCUUGGCUUCCAACCCACCUUUGGCGUUGGCACCUACUUGACGAAUGAUUUCAUCAACCUCAAGACGGGCAAAAAGUCGACGCCGCUGAACAUUGUCAUCAAACUCAGCUCCGCCGCCGGCCGGCCGGCUAUCAAAAUUAGGCAAGCCAAUGAUAAUGCGGGCAAGAAUACGGGAGACAAGAGCUUGGUUGAGAAGGUGAAGCGCGAGCUUGGCUACGAAGAGCGUGAGUGGAAAGAGGGAGACGAAAGUGCGAGAUGGGGCAAGGAUGAGGCUCAACCAAUGGCAUGA